CUUCCUUGUUCCAAAACCCCUCCCCGAGUGGUGAGACCGUGUCCGACGGGCGGACCUCCUCCGCAUUUGGAGAUCGCGGCGGCGGUGGUAAUGGCGUUCGCGUCGAGCGGCAUCGACCACGUGGCGGUGGAUAUGGAGGCGGGGGAGGAGGAGCGGAGGAGGGCGGUGGCGGAGGAGGAGGCCGACCUGCUCUGGGCGGCAAUCGAGCGGCUGCCCUCGGCGAAGCGGUGGAACCACGCCGUCGUCCUCCCCGAUCCCGACGGCCUAGGCGGCGGCGGUGACGGCGGUGGAGGAGGAGGCCAGGUGGUGGACGUGCGGAGGCUCGACCGCCCCGGGCUCCAGCGCGUGCUCCGCCACGCGCUUGCCACCUCCGAACUCGACAAUGCGAACCUCCUCCACGGCAUCAAGGCCCGCUUCGACGCGGUGGGAUUGGAGGUGCCGCGGGUGGAGGUUAGCUUCGAGAACCUGACUGUGUCGGCGGAUGUCCAUGUAGGCCGGCGAGCGCUGCCGACGCUUGUCAACUACGUCCACGACAUCGCCGAGAGAAUUCUUAUUAACAGCCGUCUUCGACGUCCUGAUAAGCACAAGCUGGUUAUUUUGGAUGAUGUCAGUGGAGUUAUUAAACCUGGGAGAAUGACGUUGUUGUUGGGGCCUCCUGCAUCUGGGAAGUCAACUCUCUUGUUAGCACUUGCCGGUAAACUGGAUUCUCAGCUAAAGAAAAGUGGAAAAGUUGCCUACAAUGGAAUGACUCUUGAUGAAUUUUGUGUACAAAGAACUUCCGCUUAUAUCAGCCAAACAGAUAACCAUAUUGGAGAACUGACAGUACGUGAAACUUUCGAUUUUGCUGCAAAAUGCCAGGGUGCUAGUGAAAACUGGCAAGAGUGCCUGAAAGAAUUGGUCAAUCUUGAAAAGGAAAGGGGAAUAAGGCCAAGUCCUGAGAUAGAUGCUUUUAUGAAGACUGCAUCAUUUGGAAGAGAAAAACACAAUCUUGUCACAGACUAUAUAUUGAGAGUGCUUGGGCUAGAUAUAUGUGCUGAUACCCCUGUCGGCAGUGACAUGGAAAGAGGUGUCUCUGGUGGCCAAAAAAAGCGAGUUACAACAGGCGAAAUGAUUAUUGGACCAAGAAAAACCCUUCUCAUGGAUGAAAUAUCGACAGGACUUGACAGCUCAACAACCUUUCAAAUCGUUAACUGCAUGAGGAAUUUUGUUCAUGAGAUGGAAGCUGCUGUACUGAUGUCACUUCUUCAGCCGGCACCAGAGACCUUUGAACUAUUUGAUGAUCUAAUUCUUUUGUCAGAAGGGAAGAUCAUUUAUCAAGGUCCUAUCAGCAAUGUUGUGGUCUAUUUUAAAUCACUGGGAUUUUCAUUGCCACCUCGGAAGGGGAUUGCAGAUUUUCUCCAGGAGGUGACUUCAAGGAAAGAUCAAGCUCAGUACUGGUCUGAUCAGUCAAAACAACACAUCUUUAUGUCUGCAUCAGGGAUGGCAGCUGCAUUCAAAGAAUCCCAGUAUGGUAGAUAUUUGGAGUCUAAUCUAAAUAGUUCGUGCGGUAACAAAGAUUCUCAGGUUCUCCCCAGAUCGAAAUAUGCAGUACCAAAAUUUAGCCUUGUUAGAGCAUGCUUUGCCAGGGAGCUUGUUCUAAUAAACCGUAACCGUUUCCUCUACACUUUCAGGACAUGCCAGGUUGCUUUUGUUGGAAUCAUUACAUCCACACUGUUUGUCCGGACAAGAUUACAUCCCGUUGAUGAACAAAAUGGGAAUCUUUAUCUAUCCUGUCUAUUUUUUGGGCUCGUGCAUAUGCUGUUUAAUGGUUUUACAGAGAUGACAAUGACUAUUUCUCGACUUCCAGUGUUCUAUAAGCAGAGAGACAAUUUCUUUCAUCCUGCAUGGGCUUUCUCAUUUCCAAAUUGGGUACUUAGAAUUCCAUAUUCCUUUGUUGAAGCUGUCGUAUGGUCAUGUGUUGUAUACUAUACAGUAGGCUUCGCACCAACAGUUGAUAGAUUCUUUCGUUUUAUGUUGUUGUUAUUCUCUGUACAUCAAAUGGCAUUGGGCCUCUUCCGGAUGAUGGGAGCUAUUGCACGAGACAUGACCAUCGCUAGUACUUUCGGGUCUGCUGUCUUAUUGGCAAUUUUUCUUUUAGGAGGUUUCAUUGUUCCUAAAGAGGCCAUAAAACCUUGGUGGGACUGGGCUUAUUGGGUUUCACCAUUGAUGUAUGCACAGCGUGCUGUUUCAGUUAAUGAGUUCUCAGCGUCCAGAUGGUCAAAGGUAUCAGUUUCAGGGAACAUGACAGUCGGAAACAACGUUCUUAUUUCACACAGUCUCCCAACAGAGGAUCAUUGGUUCUGGAUUGGAGUUGGUGUUUUAUUGGCCUAUUCCGUAAUUUUCAAUAUCAUAUUUACUCUUGCAUUAGCGUUCCUUAAUCCCCUUCAAAAGGCACAGGCAAUUGUUCCUUCUGAUGCUGGUGACAGAAGGGAUAUGGAAAUUAGUACUCUCUCUAACAGAAGUGCAAUUGGAGAAGUAAAUGAGAGCAAUGCUGAACUUGAAGGGCAGACUGAUGGCAAAAGUAAAAAGGGAAUGAUACUACCUUUUCAGCCACUAACCAUGACGUUUCACAAUGUGAACUAUUAUGUCAAUAUGCCAAAGGAAAUGGAAGCCAGAGGUGUUCCUGAGAAAAGGCUACAGUUGCUGUCUGAAGUUGGUGGGAUAUUUAGGCCACGUGUCCUGACAGCAUUGGUCGGUGCAAGUGGUUCUGGCAAGACAACACUGAUGGAUGUUUUAGCUGGCAGAAAAACCGGUGGCUACAUAGAAGGUGAUAUCAGGAUUUCUGGCCAUAAAAAGGAACAGCAAACCUUUGCCAGGAUAGCAGGAUAUGUUGAACAAAAUGACAUACACUCGCCACAAGUAACAGUUGAAGAGUCUCUCUGGUUUUCAUCAACCCUGCGGCUUCCAAAUGACAUAAGUAGAGAAACAAGAAAUGCAUUUGUUGAAGAAGUUAUGGCAUUGGUAGAGCUUGAUCAACUUCGGCAUGCAUUAGUUGGAAAACAGGGUUUAACAGGCUUGUCAACGGAGCAAAGGAAACGCCUUACAAUAGCUGUUGAGCUUGUUGCAAAUCCUUCCAUCAUUUUUAUGGAUGAACCUACAUCUGGUUUGGAUGCACGGGCAGCUGCCAUUGUUAUGCGCACUGUUCGAAACACUGUUGAUACUGGCAGAACUGUUGUCUGCACCAUACACCAGCCAAGUAUUGAUAUCUUUGAGGCAUUUGAUGAGCUACUCCUUCUGAAACGAGGAGGUCGAGUAAUAUAUGGAGGCUCACUUGGUGCUAACUCAGUUGACAUGAUUAGUUACUUUCAGGGAAUUCCUAGGGUUGUUCCUCUCCCUGAAGGCUACAACCCAGCAACCUGGAUGCUUGAAGUUACCACACAAGCAUCUGAAGAAAGGCUUGGCAUAGAUUUUGCAACAGUUUACAAGAAUUCACAUCAUUUCAGGAAAGUGGAAGACUUAAUUGAAGAACUAAGCAUUCCAGGUUUUGGCACAGAGCCUUUAAAGUUCUCAUCAGAAUUUUCACAGAAUCGCCUUACUCAAUUCAUUGUGUGCCUGCGCAAGCAAAGCCUUGUUUACUGGAGAAGUCCAGAGUACAAUGUUGUACGGUUAUUUUUCACAUCAGCUGCUGCUCUAAUAUUUGGUUCAAUAUUUUGGAAUGUUGGGAUGAAGAGAGAAUCUACAGAAGAUAUAUUCCUAAUCAUGGGUGCUCUUUAUGCGGCAUGCCUAUUUCUCGGAGUUAAUAAUGCUUCAUCUGUACAACCUGUAGUUUCUAUUGAGAGGACAGUCUACUACAGAGAAAGAGCUGCUAAGAUGUACUCGUCAUUCCCAUAUGCUGCAGCUCAGGGUCUAGUGGAGAUACCAUAUAUUGCAGCUCAGGCACUAAUAUUCGGUCUUGUUACGUACUUCAUGGUCAACUAUGAGCGUAACAUAAGAAAAUUAGUUUUGUACCUUAUUUACAUGUUCCUUACGUUUACCUACUUCACGUUCUAUGGAAUGGUGGCAGUAGGCUUGACACCUACUCAACACAUGGCAUCUGUGGUAUCCUCAGCGUUUUACUCGUUAUGGAAUCUUCUUUCUGGAUUCUUAAUCCCCCAAUCUAGAAUUCCAGGAUGGUGGAUCUGGUUUUAUUAUAUAUGCCCAGUGGCAUGGACCCUGAGAGGCGUCAUUACCUCACAAUUAGGUGACGUGGAUACCAGAAUAGUGGGCCCUGGUUUCGAUGGCACGGUGCAGGAAUUCCUCCAGCAAAGCUUGGGAUUUGAACAGGGGAUGACAGGUGCCACAAUUGGUGUCCUCGUUGCCUUUUCGCUUUUCUUCUUUUCAAUUUACGCACUAUCCAUCAAGAUGGUUAAUUUCCAGAGGAGGUAACCACUCUAUUAGACAUCCUAACAAUGUGUGAGAGACAUCCUAACAAUCCUAACAAUGUGUGAGAGACAUCCUAACAAUCCUAACAAUGUGUGAGAGAGCUGGUGUUUCGAUGUUCCCUCGCCUGGUGCCGACACCAUUGCAUUUUUCCAUUGCUGGUAUGCGCAAGGUGGAUGAAGUACCAGUUAAUGUGAGGCCAGUAUUUGCUGAUGCAGAAACAAGAAACGGUUACUUGCUAAUUUUGAGAGUAGCAUUUCAAAUGUAUAGCCAAUUCUCAAUGUGCUCAGUUUUGUCUUAGGCAAUCACGCAGAGCGUACAAAAGAAAUAGCUUUGUGUUAUUCCCCUCAAUACUUAUGUUAGUCUUUUUCUCACUUCUGUAACUAUUGAAGCCACUGUGCUUGGUACUUAUGUUGGGCAUCUUCAACACGUGUUGAGUUUCAGGAAAGUAGUUCACUCCAUCAUACUCCCUCUUGGGUUAGAUCAUGAUCUACUGAACUUCCAUAGCUAUAUUAGAUGCAAAUACUUACUCUGUGUGGAAUAUUUUGAAUAUUUAGAUAUGUUCUUUUAGAAAAAGAUGAGUGGUCAAAGUAGAAGAUCAAUAGUAUCUAGUCAAAAAUAUUGGAAGAUGGAGGGAGUAUGUUGUCUUUAAUCGUCUAUAUUACCUUCGUCCCCAAAAGACUUAAUCUUAAGCUACUCUUGUUUGUUCCAUAGUGACUUUAUUUUUAAGCAAUUAUUGUAUUAGAGUUUGGUAAACUAAGAGAUAGACGCAAUGCGACUUAAAAAAAAAGUAAGC